AUGUUUAUUAUAGGACAGAGCAUUCGACUGCAGUACAUGGACCAAAAUGCUGCACCAAAUGGCGGCCUUUAUUACGACUUCCCGCCUGAUAACAGAAACACCUCUUAUAACACUUCUUUAUCGACCAGGCACUAUGACUUAGUUUAUCGCAGAAUCAUUAAUUUCAACAAUAUUUGCGCUGUCUGGAAAGUUGCCAAAUUGUUGACUCAGAUGGUCAGUUCUCGUAAAGGACUUAAUGAAAACAAGGAAGUACCGUUUGUAUUAAUUACUCUUUAUAUUUUACUAGACAAUUUUUGUGUAGUGACGACUCGUGUAAUGUUUAUUAUAGGUCAGAGCAUUCGACUGCAAUACAUGGACCAAAAUGCUGCACCAAAUGCCGCCUUUUAUUACGAACUUCCCGUCUGCAUCAUUACAAAAACCCUCGUAUUAACAACUUCGUUACUUCGACCAGAUCACUAUGACUUAGUUUAUCGCAGUAGAAAUGUGAAUCUACGUUGUGACAGUCCUUCAAAUUAA